UGACACAUUGCAUGUGCUCUCUGCUCUUCUUGUUUCCCCCCCCUACAAAUUCUUCUUCUCUCUUUUCUCUAAUACUAAUACUAAUCCUUUUCUUUCACCAAAAGUCAAGACAUAAAUAAAACAAACUUUAAUUUAAUUAAAACCUCUUAAAAUUUCAAUCUCACCUCCACCCCCCGGGUCAGGCCCCUACAAAACCAUUCUUCUUAUAUCACAAACAUGCCUACUAGUAGUAAUUUUUAUUUGACUUACAUAAAGCUAAGGUUCUUCACUAAAGUCAAGCGGUUCCUUCAGAUUAAGGCAAAAUCAUUUCAACCGUCUGAUCAUCAGCCAAGAAACGAUUCAGAGAUUUUGAUUGUGAUUGAAGAAAAAAAGGGUAUAAUGGGAAAAGAGGGUGAUAAAGAUAAUGGGUGGAUGAUUUUGCAAAAAUCAGUGAAGAAACUUCACUUUGGGAGCUGGAAUGAAAAAGAGGUGGCCGUCGAAGAGAUUAAAAAGUUGGCUAAAGAGGAUUUGAAGAGGCGGAAAUUCAUGGCGGAGCUCGGCGUUAUUCCGCCGCUUGUAGCCAUGGUUGCUGGUCCUGAUCAGGCGGUGUUACGGCGGCAGAGAUUGGCGGUGCAAGCACUGACCGAACUUGCCAAUGGUUCUUUCACUAACAAGGCACUGAUAGUAGAAGCAGGAAUCUUAUCAAAAUUACCUCAAAAAACAGACAACUUAGAUGGAAACACAAGGCAAGAAUUUGCAGAAUUGAUCUUGUCUAUAUCAUUAUUAGCCAACACACAAUUCAAUAUGGAUUCUUCAAGAAUUAUUCCAUUUGUAGUCAGCAUUCUUGAUUCAUCAAAUUCAAGUGUUGAGACUAAAUGUACAUGUCUAGGCACAUUGUACAACAUAUCUUCUGUGUUGGAAAAUUCCGCCAGUUUGGAGACUAAUGGAACAAUGACUACUCUGUUGAGGUUGUCUUCAUUGAAGGAAGUAUCAGAGAAAGCACUAGCCACAUUGGGGAAUCUUGUGGUUACCCUAAUGGGAAAGAAGGCGAUGGAGGAAAGCCCAAUGGUGCCCGAGAGCUUAAUGGAGAUAAUGACAUGGGAAGAGAAGCCAAAAUGUCAAGAGUUAUCGGUGUACAUUUUGAUGAUUUUGGCUCACCAAAGUUCAAUUCAAAGGGAGAAAAUGUCCAAGGCUGGUAUUGUACCAGUACUUCUUGAAUUGGCAUUGUUGGGUAGUUCUUUGGCUCAAAAAAGAGCAUUGAAAUUGUUACAAUGGUUUAAGGAUGAGAGGCAAAGCAAAAUGGGGCCUCAUUCAGGGCCACAGGUAGGAAGGAUGCCUAUUGAUUCAUCACCAAUGAGUCCAAGAGCUAUUGAUGAAAGCAAGAAACUGAUGAAGAAAAUUGUGAAACAAAGCCUUUAUAAGAAUAUGGAAACAAUUACUAGUAGAGCCAAUGGGGGUAGUGAUUCUUCAAGGCUCAAGUCCUUAGUUGUUAGCUCAAGUUCUAAGAGUUUGCCUUACUAAGAAUAUGGAUCUUUUAAGCAUUUGAUCAAAUUAACAUCAUCUUGCACCACUUGUGCAAUGUUCUACAUGAAUUGUUAACUUCUUUAGUAUCAUAUGAAAAUAAUUGUCCUGAAGGAAGAAAAAUUUGUGAUAGAAUAACCAUACAACAAUAGUCUGAUGACGCGUUCCAAUAUGAGGAAGCAGAGGCGAAUCCAUGGUUUGAACUUAAUCACUUCUAAUUUGAGAUUUUACCACAAUUCAUUUGAGUUAUAGGUCGAAAUCAAUUGUUUGUAUUUGUUUAAUAAUUUUUAAUACAUAUAGAAGGUUUGUGUUAAGGGUA